AUGAGGGCGUGGCGGCGAACGAAGAGAGAAGAGGGUCUGCUCGCGAGUAGGAGGAAACUCUCCGCAAAAGCACACCCACCGCCGGCCGUUCCUGGCAUUUACGCGUUCUUCAAUUUGUUUCACAGUUGAUUGGCGGAAACAGUGAUUGUUUUCUGAAAAUUUACAUGAGGUAGCACCGCGGCCGCAAUUUCACUCACUAUUUCGCCGCUCGACGCUUUUUCGUCGACGGCGCUUGCGCCGCAAGUCAGCCAAUGGAGCUUCUCCGCUGUGCGGGUGAAGUUUGUCUCUGCAGACCAUGCCUUUAACGGUCUUGCUCUUUUGCUCCUGCCAGUUCUAUGUCUGGUCGGCUUGAUCGGCAACUUCAUGGUAUGCAUCGCCAUUGCGACCGACCGCAGACUGCACAACGUCACAAACUAUUUCUUAUUUUCUCUCGCACUUGCUGAUCUUCUCGUUUGCUGCAUCGUCAUGCCAUUGAGCGUGGUCGUCGAAGUUCGUCACGGUAAUCUCUUAACUUUACAUUCUCUUUAUCCCUGUAAUUUACAGGUGUGUGGACUUGGAGCGUGUCGCUGUGCUUGCUGUACGUUUAUGCAGAUGUAUUUCUGUGUAGCGCCAGCAUAGUUCACAUGUCGGUCAUCUCUUUGGACAGAUAUCUGGGGAUUUCGCAGCCUCUCCGAACUCGCAACAAAUCCAAGACCUUGAUAUUUGUCAAGAUCGCAUUCGUUUGGCUUGUGACGUUGCUAGUCUCUUGUCCAAUCGCAGUGCUCGCAGUGCAUGACAACGCCAAUAUUCUCCAGAACAAUCAAUGCAGAAUCUUCAGUCGGCACUACAUCGUCUACGGAAGCACAAUGCUUUUUCUGAUACCGUUCUGCAUCAUGGCAGUUGCCUACGUUCGAACAACAGCGCUUUUGAAAAAGCAAGCGUCCAUUUUGAGCCAAAAAGCCAAUGACAAGCUCAACGGCAAUGGACUGCGAAGGACAAUCCCUCAUCGGAAAUUGGGAUAUGUACGCACCAAUUCAAACUCGACGGCCACUUAUACAAAUGGAACACAGAAGAGCAGCUUAUCGAGUGGAGUAAAGCCAGCCUUGGCCACCUGCUACAGUACCGGCGAAAUCGUCGACCUUGCCAGACUGGACCCUUCUCGAGGUCGAAACGCCCUGAUCAACGGGCACAAAGCUUUGGAAAAAACGUCGACAAUAACGCGAUGGAAGUCACGCACUUCAAAUUACAUCUCUAACAUCGCGAUGAGAGUUAGCCGCCGCAACUCACUUCAGGUUGGUCCAUCAAACAUUUAUUUACUUUGUGAUCCUUUACCCUCUCUUUCCGCCAAUCUUUCCAAUCUUCACAGCUUCGCAGGUGUCAAAGGUCAAAUCACGAAAUAAGCUAGAGGAUGCAGUAUUGCUCCGCGCAAUUCGGCUUAAUUUUGAAAGAUAGCAAAUAUUUUCGACUGAGGAACUUAAAUAAAGAGGGCUGUACAACAAGGACGCCUUGUUCUAAGAAAAACUACGGGAGAUGAUGUUGAAAUACAGUUUACAUGCCACUGAGAAAUUUUGAAAAAAAAAACCUGAAAAAGAAUAAGAACAAGAGCGUGCUGUAAGCCAAUUAGCGUUAAGGCGAAAACCGCAGGUGAUGACAGAAAAACACGAAAAUGAGUCAAGUGAAUUUUGCAAAAAAGUAAGUGUUUACAGUAAUAAGAAAGAAAAAGGAGAAAACAAAAAAAAGAAUCGCCUAAAAUCCAGAAGUUGCAGGCGGCAAGCCAAGACCUGGCAAACGAGCAUAAAGCGACAAGAGUUCUCGCAGUCGUUUUCAUCUGCUUCUUCAUUUGUUGGACUCCGUUCUUCGCCAUGAACUUCAUCAUGGGCUUCUGCGGCGACAUCUGCUACGUGCCUCCGUGGCUUGGGUCCCUUUUCCUCUGGCUCGGCUACAUCUCCAGCACCAUUAAUCCUAUUAUUUACACUGUUUUCAACAAAAGAUUCCGUCAAGCUUUUGUCCGAAUUCUACGCUGUCAGUGCUACCAUCCCCUAAGGGACCACCACGCCCUUUAUUCUCGCAACUUCACGACAACCAUUGUUCCAGACACCUACACUUGGUCAGUUUGAAUUCAAGACACUUUGGAGAGUUUCAUAGUUUUUUUUCUAAAAAGCGCUCUGAACUUUUUUUGGACAAAAUCUAGAAAAAUUUUGAACUCAAUUUUCACAUAUCAAAAAAGAGCUAGUUAUAACAAUUUUAAAAGAGGACUACUUGCUGCUAACAUGAAAAAAUAGGAAAAUAUAGCCACAAAUGAUCUUUUUUUGGGAGAGGAUUUAUGAGAUACAUUUUUUUAGGGUUCAAAAGUUAUUGGUAAUAUGCAACAGCCAGGUGCUCUCGCUUUUUUGGAUCUUUUCAUUUUCCAAGCUUCCCGAGAGGCGAAGUUCCUUGUUCUUCCAUUUUUGUGUGCGACUGACGCUUAGGGCUUCGUGCAUAACUAGCCAUUGUCUUCGCGCGUUUGCCGUCAAUAGAACUACGGCGGAGGCACCGAAUUUAGAGCAUUAUGUGUUUUGAAGCUUAAAGCCCAGGCGCAUUUCCUUCAUUUUUCGGUGAUUGAUGACUUUUAUGACGACAGGGUCAUUGCCGACCAUCUCAUGCAUUUAGUCGCCAACUGAUGCCAGCGAAGUGGCGAAAAAAGAAGGCAAAGUGCUCUGCUUCAUUCUCUAAUUGCUCUAUUAUCGGUCCGAGCAGGACAAAAAAGCUGCACGCGUAAACUUUGCCGCAUCAACGCGUAUCAUACAAAGCUCAGAUCAUAUUUCGUUUCCCAGCAGAAAACUCCCCGUUCCACGCUGUAAUAUGUAACAAUAUAUGUGCCAGAGGCACCUCCUUCAGCACGAAAAUUCGAUGAACAUGUUUUCAUAAUUACCCCCACUGAGAACGGGAGGGUGUGGGUUUUAAGGCUGCCGCCCUUUCGUUAACGAGCACACAAAUUUUGAUUGGUCCGACGCCAUUUAAUCGUUUCUCACACGCUCAGAAGCAUUGCUAGUAGUUUGUUUGUAAUUAAUUCAAUCAUAAUUGAGCCUAAAAAGUUUCCAACUACAAGUGAUCCUGUAAUCCUUUUUAAGAGGGCAGAAACCAGCCAGGACAACAAUCACGUCAAUCAUGAAGAAUUGCAGGUCUAACCACGACCGAGCAACUUCCGUAAUGCGGCGUGACGACUCGAGAAGCAUCCGGCAGGGCAGCGAUCGUUGUCGCCGCACUGAGAGCACUGACGAUGGCACCAGCAAAAAGGUAGGUCUUUAUGCUUUUCAUCAUUUUCUCUCUCUAUUCUUGCCAUUCUCAUCCUACUCCAUCGUAGGCUGGCUUGUCAUUUCCUGAGGCACUUCUAGACUUUUUACCUCGAUUUAGCGGCGCCGCUCAGUGAUCAACUGGGCUCUCAUUAAGCUCCUAUUUGAUCCAUUUCCUCUCGACACAACUUUUUGCCUUAUUUUUUUGUUUUCAUUGGAGCGCAUGAUGAUUUCUUUCUAUUCACCGUAAAGUGCUUCUAAAAACAAUUUUCAAAGGCAGUAAUUUGUGAGAAGUCAGCAUUUCACGUGCUCAUAUGAAACUUCCCUAAGCAGGAAUUAUUCUUUUUUUGAACCGAAAGUUUGACAAACGUAGAAAUUUCCCUGUUUUUGCUGAAGUUAAUAAGCGGUUUCAAAGUUGGAAAACAUUUCAGACGUCGUUGCCGAAUUUGCCACGGGGAGUUCAUCAGAAUGCAUCUCGCGCGACGACCGAAGAAACGAGCGAUGAGGAGUAUCGACCUCUGCUGCCACAGUCCUCAGGUGCUCACAGGACGCUCAACAUCCGCAAGUCGAGUUCUCUCAUGUCCCCUUCAGUCCAUGUAUCUAACUACUCUGGUUCUUCUGCUUCCUCUUCAUCGGCACCGGUCAAAUCUCUAUCUUGUGUUGAUUGUCAACGUGCCGAUGCAAUUUUAUCUUGCGAUUCUGACGAUGCCAUGACUUCUUCCAGUACCAGCUGUCCCAGACAUUUGACUUUGUUCUCUUCGACUUUCGGCACCAUGAAAGAAACAUUUCUGUGA